GCCCGCCGCCGCCAUUCUCCGCGCGCACACCGCGCAUGCGCCCCGAUCGCGAGUGACAAGUGACAGUUGAUAGUUCAACCACAAAAUGACCGCCAAAAUUUACGUGCUAUGUACUGUGUUCGCGGUACUGGCGUGUGGGCUGGAGGCGCGCACGCGGCCUCGACUGCAGCAACCAGUGGACGACGCUUACGAAUACGAACCCCAGGGGCCGCAGAGAGGCGGAGGAGCGGACGGGUACGAUGACCUGUACCGCGCGUCAGACCGCAUUGACGAAGAAUACGAGCCCCGCGCGCCGCAGCGGUCGCCGCCACGAUACAAGCAACAGCAGCAGCAGCAGCUGCAGUCUGAGGGGCCCAAGCAGCCGCCCGUGCAGACAAUCCGCAACUACAAUAAAGUGAAUGACGACGGCAGCUUUACUUUCGGAUACGAAGCGGCCGACGGCUCCUUUAAAGAGGAGACGAGAGGCACCGACUGUGUUGUCCGAGGCAAAUACGGAUACAUCGACCCCGACGGCAACAAACGAGAGUUCACCUACGUGUCCGGCAACCCUUGCGAUCCCAACAAGCCCAACGAGGAGGACGAACCAGAGUCCGCCGCUCCGGAAUCCUCGGAGAGAGAUGACGGUAUUCCCAACUAUCCGACCAGGCCGCCCGUCAGGCCCACCACUUCGAGACCGCCGACUACCUACUUCCAGAACGACUUCAGGGACGCCGACGAAGAAGAACCCGAAGAAGAACCUCUCCAGCAGAUCAGACCGCGAGUUGUGCAACGCCCGGCACCAGUGAGAAGGCCAAUUUACCAACAACCGCAACAGAUUGCCAUCACUCCUCGUCCUCUUCCAGUGUCCACUCCUAGGCCUCUUCCCCCAGCGACCACCUUCAGGCCGCAACUGGUGCAAGUGACUCCUAAGCCUCAACCGCAGCCUCAGCCCCAACCCCAGAUUCAGUACAGCCCAGAACCAAACUACUCGCCUUCUCCUUCCCCGGUGGCGGUGACAACUGGAAGACCGGGUCAAAUAGAUUUCGCUGCCGAAUUCGCUAAAUUCCACAGGGAAAAUCAAUAUCAAUCAACCACGCCUUCGUCCUUGAACACUCAACAAAAGACUACUAUUGCGGCUCAAACGCCCAGCGGUAACCCUCUAUACUCGACCGAAUUAGUUUACGAUCCUUCGAGCGGACAGUACAAUACUCAACUUUUCCAAACGCUUCCGCAAACAAAGGGAGAAUUGAACCUGAAUCAAAGACUGCAACCGUUCGUGGCUCAGCAGCAACCUCAGGCUCAGAGACCUUUCAUUCCAUCUCCGCAAAUACCUGCCGGGCCGCCGGCGUCCAGCGCGCCACUAUACAGGCACCAGGUGGCGAACCCUCAGGAGUUGUACCAGAGGCAGCAAUCCGAGACACAGUUCCAGAGCUCGCAGCAGCUAUUCGCGCAGCAGCAACAGCUGCAGCAGAGCCAGCUCCAAAGGGACCGUGCCGUAGCAAGAGCACAGGCACAGCGCCUAGCUCAGAGCCAGCCCGCACAGAGCCAGUCAGCCCCACGACCCGCCCCGCAAUACUACUACGUGGCUCCCCGUGGGGAGUCACCGUCCUCGGGUCAGAUCGACGCCUUCCUGCGGGGACACGGCAUCCAGUUCUAGUUGCCUAGUGUAUGAACUGUUACAUCUAGCGAUCGAUUUAGUCCGAAAUGGCCAUAAAGAAUCACAAGUCAGAUGUCAUCGGUCGCUCGGUUGUUGUGUAUGCAAGUGUUUAGUUUUGGGAACAGUGACGGCCGUAAUUGUACAUAUUACUUUGUGUCUUCUGUACCUUAUUUUAAUGUCGGUCAUUAUUAACUGAGUACUGUUUAAUGUAAAGUUAUUACUGCACAUGGAUAGUUGGUUAUCAAACAUAUAUCACUAUAUCAUUAUAUUUCUUUACGAUUAUCACACUUAUAUAAUACCAUAUUUAAGGACAGAUUUGAUUAAAUGAGUCCGAUAGUUGUAUUAUAUGAUGUCUCAGUUAAUAAUAUGACGGAUGUACUUAGUAAAGUUUAGUUGUAAGUUUGUAAUGUAACGAACGAAACAUUUUGUACGUGAUAGUCCCCGACCGUUCCGUUUGGGACGUUUUGUAAAAAAAAAU